AUGAAGAUAGGGUUUGCUUUCUGCGCCAUUUUUCUUGUUUCGAUUGCAUAUGCAUCAGAUCCAGGCCAGCUUCAGGAUUUCUGUGUUGCUGUUCCCGAUUCCGCCUCUGCAGUUUUUGUGAAUGGAACAUUUUGCAAGAACCCGAACAUGGUGGUUGCGGAGGAUUUCCUUUUCCAGGGUCUAAACAAUGCCGGAAACACAUCCAAUGACCUCGGAUCAUUCGUGACUCCGGUCAAUGUCAACCAGCUUGAAGGCCUCAACACUCUCGGCGUCUCCAUGGCUCGCCUCGACUUCGCCCCUUAUGGUAUCAACCCACCCCACACCCACCCUCGUGCCACCGAGGCCUUCUUCUUGGUGGAAGGCAAUCUCUAUGUCGGGUUCGUCACUUCCAACCCGGCCGAUCCCACCCAAAAGAACAAGCUAUUCACCAAGUAUUUGUACCCCGGAGAUGUGUUCGUCUUCCCACAAGGUCUCAUCCACUUCCAGUUCAAUGUCGGAAAGACCAACGCCGUUGCUUUUGCCAGCUUUGGGAGCCAGAAUCCGGGUACCAUCACCAUUGCUAACGCGGUGUUCGGGUCAGAUCCUAAGAUUAACCCGGAUGUGUUGGCCAAGGCUUUCCAGGUUGAGAAGAACAUUAUUGAUCACCUUCAGGCUCAGUUUUGGUACAACAAUAAAUAA